CCCCGGGCUGCGGGGGUCUCCCAGCAUCCAUCCUCGCCCUCCUUAGCGGGCAGUGCCCUUCCGCCGCCGGGGCCCCUCCUCGCAGGAGGAGGCGGGCGGGGAGCACCGCCGGCCUUGGGGAGGGCUCCGCCUGCAGGGGGCGGCGGGCGGCGCUAGCGAGCGGCGAACUGGCUGGCGGCGCGAGGCUCUGGAGCUUCUGCGCGCUCUCUGCGGAGGCUGACGGGCAAAGGGGAACGGAGCCUCAGCGUUCUCCUGCUGCUGCUCGCCGCCGCGGCCAUCACCGCCCCUCGGGGUGAGGAGCCGCGGAGCUGCGAGACUGUCCGGAAAGUUUUCCAGUUGCGUCAGCUCGGCUCCCACAGGAGCGUCCCGAAGUUCCCGCGGGCAGGGAUAGAACUGAAAAUAUUUGUAGGAAAACUAAACCUUUUUACACUCCAUGUAUCCUUACCAAUUAGUGCCACUGAAACCUUUGAAAUGCUCAUCAAACUGUCUGAGAAUUACACAAGCACACUUUUCUGCAAUGCAUAUAGAAACAUGGCUGCUGAGGCUACUACACGUGUUCAGGAGUUUUUCACAGACAUUGCACUCUUUGUAUUUGGCACAGACAUCAGUACAGAGGAAUUUGUCAACAGAUUUUUUGAUACCCUGUUCCCAAUGGUCUACAAUCACAUGGUUAACCCCUAUCUGACUGAUGUUACACUGGAAUACUCACAGUGCCUCCAAAUGGCAAGAAGAGAUAUGAGAUAUGAGCAUGUGCCUCUGAACUUUCACUCACUUGUUAAUGAUGCUCUCAUACAAGCUCAUGUCAAUGGACCAGAAUUAACUGAGCAGGUAAGAAGCUGUUCUGAAGGGGAAACAGCUUCUUCUGCUAAGCAGCUGAUACAAACUCUAGAACAACUUGACCUAGUGAACAAGGUAUGUGGCCCACUUGUAAAGAAGCCUACACAGUCUCUGCACUGCUCUUUUGAUCAGAACAAAUAUAACCAGGGGCUGAAGAUGUUCUCAAGAGACAGUGAGGAAACCCUUGCCAGCAGAAGAAAAGAAUUUAUCACCCACCUUUGCCUCUACAGAGCCUUUUAUGGUGGCCUGGCUGAUCAGCUGUGUGGUAAUAAGUUGGCAGCUGUUGAUGGUCUGCCAUGUUGGGAUGGAGAAGAUGUUGUAAAAAGCUAUACUCAUCGUGUGGUUGGCAGUAGAAUCAAAGCUCAGUCUGGGAAUCCAGAAGUAAGAGUGAAAGGAACAGAUCCUGUAGUAAAUCAAAUUAUUGACAAGCUGAAACAUGUUAUUCAGUUGUUGCGGGGCAAAUCAUUUCGUAAAUAUGAUAACUGGGAUCUACGGCAAACAGGCAGUGGUGGAAGUGUGGAAGAACAAAUCAGGGGAGAUUGUGAUGAUGAAGAUGGUUGUGGAGGAUCAGGAAGCAAAGAAGUAAAAAGAGUCCUGAAAAUUACAGAAUCUGGGAUGCCAGAUAAGACGAACCUCAGUGACAUAAAGCAAAUCCAUCAAACCAUCAAUGCCAGCACUUUACAUACAACUGGAACAGGCUGUACAACAAUAGUGGAUUAUAUGACAUUUAUGCUGAUUAGUUUGGUAACACUAUUUCUCAAUCUCUGGUAA